CCUGCUCUCGCCCCGCGGCCGAGGGCACAACCAGACAAGCAGCAGACCGAAAGGCCUCCCAGGACGCCAACGCCGCGACGGGCGGCAGCCGCACAGGCACCCUCACAGGCAGCCCUCACAGGCAGCCCUCACAGGCAGCCCUCACAACCAUGAUGACUGAAGAAUGGGGAACAACCUCCACAUUCAGUAAGCCAGCCUUAACAAAGCACAACAGCAAGGCGAACAUCGCGGCGAGAUCGUUGGACGCGUCCUUCUUCCGGCCCUCCUUCUCGAGACCGUCGGAGACGACCUUGCAAGGCGACCUGCGGCUGAAGCCGAUAAGGGUGCGAGCCGUGCAGCGGUCGCGCAUGAAGGAGCCCCAGGAGAUCGCACGGGAGCAGCUCGCGAAAUUAGAGAAAAAGGUCUCAAAAAUGCGAGGUUCAGGAACUUUAAAAGCGGAAGCAUCGUUCAUGCAUAAGAAGCUCCAGGCGACCUUGUCCAAGAACACCGCGACCGAGGAACGCGUCAUCGCCCUAAAAAGGACCAUGAAGACCUUCCUCAAGAACCAAGGGGCCGAGAGUGAACGGGAGCUGAAGUGCGCGUUUCACAGGGCGGACAUCGACCAGUCCGGCGAGCUCGAUUAUGACGAGUUCCGCGACGCGGUGAAGAACUACGGCAUCAAGACCCUGACGGCCGGUUCGCUGAAAACGCUGUUCGACUCCUUCGACGACGACGGUUCGGGUACGAUCUCGCACCAGGAAUUCAUUCAGGGUAUUCGCAAAUGUCCCGAGCCGCCGCCCGAUACGGGCGGCGGCGCCGGCACGCAUAAGCGGUGCGGACCUCUGGAGCGACCGCCGCUGAUGGAGCCCAAGCGUUUGGGAUUUGAGGCCUACCCUGUUCAUUUAGCGCUUGGUAAUUCGCUCCAUGUCGGUGUCGCGUACCGGACGACGCUAACCAUCCACAACGUGGGCGACACGUGCCAACGAUUGACUGUCAAAUUAAGAGGCGAUACGGUGAAGAAUCCGGUAAGGAUCGUGAAGAGACCGUCGGGGCCGCUUGCGCCGGGGAUGAGGGCGAAAGCGGUCUUCGAGAUUUUAGCAAGAAGACCAGGUGAUGUGGCCUGUGACGUCAUCGUCGCCUGCGGCUAUAAUCAAUUGGAAGUGCCCCUGAGCGCGCACUUCGAGCGGAGGACGACGACGUCGGUGCCUCUAUCGUCGACGUCCUUCGCGGACGACGACGUGGCCACGGUCCGGACCUACCGGGAGCUCUCCGGGAAGCUCCCGAGCUUUGUGGAACGGCUGGGCACGGUGGCGUCGGCGUCGUGCGUGCCGGUAGCCGACACCAAGGACGUCUGGCCGACGCGACCGGAGCACUGGGAGCGGAUCCAGCGGAGAAGUGCAGAGGCGUCGGAACUGUUAACGUCGAUGGGGCCUUUGCGGAAAUGUCCGCAAUUAGAUAUGAACAAUUUGUGUCUAAGGAUGCGACGGUUCCGCGCGGAAGUCGACGAGAAUUUAACCGUACAGGGAGACAUGAACAAUCAGAUCCUAUUCAUAGCGAAGGGCGUGGCGGACGUUUUUAUUGGAGAUGAAAAUGUCCUUACGAUACGAGCCCCGUUCUACGUCGGCGAAGGAGCUAUUCUGGAGAACGCAGUCCCAACGGCGACCGUGACGUGUACGAGUGCCUGCGAAGGGUUUGCUUUACAAGAGGCAGAAGCAGCUGUUCUACUAGAAAGAAACAACACCGCGCUGAACCUGAUGCACCAGGAAAUGAAGAAACGGAAAUACGAGCGAUACUGUUCCGACGAGGGCGGUUUACUGCAUUGCAAUUAUGAUGACGCGAACUUCGUCGACGCGUUGUUAGAUUACGUGAAUACCCUCCCAGAAACGAAGGAACUCCUCCAAGUGAAAACGAAGUACGCCUGCGAGCACCUAAACUUCGCUAAAAGAUGUAGAGAUGGAGGUGACUUUGUGGACCUCCUAAGGGAGUGCGACCGAUUGUGGUUUGAAUAUAUAAGGGAGAAGGGUUUGUCGGAGCGCCAGCUCGAAGAAACUAAAGGUAUCUUCCACUCGCCGCGCAAGGUCAAGGGGAGCACGAAGCUCGGUAUUCAUCUAGUGACUGAUGACCGCGUGAGGACUAUGCUCGCUCUACGUUCAAAAGCGAAGGAGUCUCAGUCUCCAGCCAUGCUGGUCGAGGUCUACGCUGAUUUAGCAAAUGAGGUCAUCGCCCAAAUACGGACAGUCCUGGAGGACUUUGUCUCGACUAAACAAUACAAGAGGUGGCUCACGGAGCGGUUCCCGCUGCCCGAGGAUCCCGAGCCGGAGGAGGACCCGGGCCGGAGCGCGCGGGACCCCGCGUCUCUAGAACGGAAGUCGUCCUGGCGCUUCGAGCUGCCCGAUCUGCAGGACCUCAACGAGCCGCCGGUGGACAACCGGUCGGUGGUGACUGCCGGUUCGUCGACAUGGGGCUCGCGGCCGGGCUUCCGGUACGUGCCCAAGGACCAGCGGCCCAGAGCCCCGCCGCCAGAGAGCGACGAGGGGAGCUACGCGAGUUCCUCUUCCGAGGACUAAGUACAAUAAAUUUUA